AUGGCAUCUUUCCAGAUUGGCCCAGUCUCGACAGCUGUCGGUCACCACCGCCAUUUCCAUUCGAGUUUUUAUUCCCGUCGAGUCUACCUGCGGCCGCGUCUUCUCGGCCGACGUUCUUAUUCCAAGGAGCAUUCGCACGGCCCGGAGGCCUCUUCCAAGGUGAACGGCUCAAGGAUUCGGUGGUACCCGAUCCCCGUCGGUCUCGGCGUUGGGUUUUUGGGUCUAGUUCAAGUCUACAAGGUUUACAGCCGAGAGCAGGAACAAAAAGUCGAGAAUGCCCGCCCAAAGAGGAGGCGGGUUCGGCCCGAUGGGCCGUGGCAGGUCCAGAUCAUGUCAACACUGCCACUAAAGGCAAUGUCGAGGCUCUGGGGCAGAUUCAACGAACUUACUCUUCCUACCUUCCUGCGGGCCCCAGGGUUCCGGCUCUAUUCGUGGAUCUUUGGAGUCAACCUGGACGAGAUUGCGGAACCCGAUCUCCGCAAAUACCCCAACUUAGCUGCCUUCUUUUACCGUCAGCUUAAACCCGGCGCCCGUCCUCUAGACCCGAAUCCCAAUGCGCUUCUCUCUCCCUCAGAUGGCCGGAUUCUCCAAUUUGGGCAGAUCGAAGGCGGCGAUAUUGAACAGGUCAAGGGAAUGACCUAUACAAUCGACGCCCUCUUGGGACGAAACAGCCGGACACCCAGCGUCUCCAGCUCGACAUCUCUCGAUUCGCUUGCCAUUGAAAGCGUCCAUGAGUUGGAAGGGGAUGAGGAGCUGGUCAAGAGAGACGAGGAGUUUGCUCGCAUGAAUGGCAUCUCAUACACCCUCCCGAGUCUGCUAUCCGGUGACAAGAAACAGCGGAGAGACAGCAUGGACAAGCAUCCAAAGGAUGAAUCAAUCACGCCCUCCCCAGCCUCUGUCUCGGAAGUGCGCGCCGAGCUUGCCUUGGGCGAAAAGCCCUGGCAUGAUUACCUGACGAACAGCAGCCACCAUAGACUGUAUUACGCGGUAAUCUACUUGGCCCCUGGCGAUUACCACCGUUUCCACUCCCCGACAAACUGGGUUGUGGAGCGGCGACGCCAUUUUGCUGGCGAGCUGUUUAGCGUCUCGCCCUAUCUUCAGCGCACGCUGCCCGGCCUGUUCACGCUCAAUGAGCGUGUCGUUCUUUUGGGCCGCUGGCGCUGGGGCUUCUUCAGCUACGUACCCGUAGGUGCGACCAAUGUAGGCUCCAUCAAGAUUAACUUUGACAAGGAGCUUCGCACCAAUAGCCUGACUGCGGAUACACAGGCUGCAAGGGACGCUGAGGAAGCGGCCAAGCGCGGCGAGCCCUACCUUGGGUAUGCCGAGGCGACAUAUGAGGCUGCCAGCCCCGUGCUUCACGGCUAUGCGCUCAGACGUGGUGAGGAGAUGGGUGGCUUUCAGCUGGGCAGCACCAUCGUCCUUGUAUUCGAGGCGCCGGCGUCGGAGCAUGAUGAGAGCGGACGCCAUGUUGCCGGCUGGAAGUGGAGUGUAGAGAAGGGGCAGCGGGUUAAGGUCGGUCAGGCCUUGGGACAUGUUGAUCUGUGA